GUUUCAGCAAUAGAUUUCAUGUAGCCUCCAUUUAUUGGUUAGGUAACACUGACCUCUAACAUGAUGUUUGUUUUACACAGUUUGGAGGCAUUGCUAACUAAAAUUGGUUUUCUGUUCUUGUUUAUCUUUCUCUUCAUUUCUUCCACAACAGUUGUAAAUAGGUUUUAGGAAGAAUCUCCACCUGUAUUUGACACCUUUAUAAAGCAGAAUUUGACAAGCUUUAUGAAAAGAUAUUCAUGUGGCUGGUCACUGAAGCUAUAAUGUGGCUGCUAACAUGUUAACAGCUAAGACGGAAGUGCUUCAUAACAGCCUGUUUACAGGUUGAACUUAUGGUCAAAUACCUAGGGAACUGGAAAAUCUGACCUUAGCUAUAUCAGCUGCCUGGAACAGGCCCAGCUGUGUUCCUUGCAGACCUGGGUUCUAGGGUUCGGUGCUGGUGACUUCACAAAGGGCUACCCAAGUGGCAGCAGUCAAGGCUUCCAAUCCCUGGUCAGCAGAGGUUUGAAAGCAGAGCUCCAGAAUUCUGGUUGCAGUGCCACCAGAGGCACCUGGGCUUCCUGUCCAAGGGAAGGAGCUAGUCAGCUGUGACAUGUAGUGCAGGCUGUACCAGUGUCUUGUGCUGUGUCCCUGCUUAUGGAGACCAUGUCUCCUCAAUCAGAUGAGCCUUUACAUGUAGUUCCACCCUUGAAGAAGUGCAUCUGUCAGCUGUGCUCCUGUGGAUGUCACCGUUGUCCACACCUGCCCUCCAGGCUCUAUGACAAGACUGAGAAGCCAUGUGUGCUGUCAGAGUACAAGGAGCAAUACCCCCUUCAUCCCAUCACUGCUCCUGAAGGCUCAUUUAAGCCAAAGGCAGUGUACAAGGUGGCAGACAUACGCAUGGAAGGCACCUCAACUACAAAGAGAGAUUACAUAGCCAAGGAAGUGUUGCCACGGAAACUUGUAUCACCUCAAAAGCAUGUCAAGAGUGAUGAGACUAUGGAUUGCACCACCACUUAUAAACAGGAUUAUCACUCCUACCCUACCUUUCGAGUACCUCCAUGCCUCCCCUCUGAGACAAAACACAUCCCCAAUGUGAAGAUGAAUACAAGAACCACUUAUGAAGAUGACUAUGUGCUAUGGAAUGAACAAAAGAGAGACCUGAUCAGACCAGACAACAGAUUUCGCCCAUCGGAAUUAAAAUUUGACCACAGAACCAUUUUCCAGGAUGACUAUCUGUACAGGGGGCCGGUUGCCACUCGAAACUUCAAGCCUCCAAAUCAAAUCCAGAAAACCAAGGCUCCUGAGUAUAUAACUAAUUAUAGAGUGAAUUAUGUGCCACAUCCUCCUGAAAAGCAUUACGUCCAUGAGAGAGAGAAAUACAAGGCCAAUGAGAUCCCAUUUGAUGGCCUUACUACCCACAAAGUUUCUUACAAGUGGAUGGCUGGUCAGCCAGCAAAACUUGCAAAACCAUGCCAGUCAAAGUAUCUCAAUAAUAUUCCAUUUUCCUCUACAACUGAGUUUCAGGAAAAAUACCAAGCUUGGCCACGGGCUUCCAUAUUCACCAAGAAACCUGUUGUAUAUCUUCCUCCUCUUGAGAAAAUGGACCUUCAGACCACUACUAAGAUGCAUUACAAGCACCGAAAUGGCAAGCCAACCAAGAAGUGUCAACCUGUGGCCCAGAUACCUAAAAGUACUGGGUCAUUCAAUAGCUCUUCUACAAUGAAAGAAGACUAUAAGCCUUGGCUGUGCAAGAGGCUAAAACCUAUCAUUCAUGCUCCAGAGCUGACUUUCUCAGCAAAGCCCAUGGAUUGCUUGACUACUUUUCAGACCCAUUAUGUGCCUCAUCGGCCCACAGUUACAAAGAGCUAUAAACCUCCCUGGUCAGGCCCAAAGGAUCAAACUCCACUACAAGCUAAAACAAUCUACACUACCAGCUACACACCCAAAGACUUUGUUAGAUGCUUGGCCUCUUACAAACACCCACCUGGGUACAUCUUUGAGGGAACUAAUGCUGAUGGUCACAGUCUCUAUCUACCUGCUUCCAAGAGUCGAGUGCCUGCAGGAUUGACACAGAAGGAAGAAGAGAGUGGACAUCAUCUUGGAAAUGGAUUCAAAGAGCAAGGCCCCAGUGAGCUAUGAAUGAAAGCUUGAUUUUCUUUGUAACCUUCUUUCAAAUCAAUCUCUGAUUUUAUAUUUGGAGUGCCUUUAAAAUACACUUCAUUUGCAGACAUUGA